CAUUCCAAAGAGAGAAUCAGUGCCUUGUGAAAUACAAGAGAGGGACCCCAAGAUACAAGAUACAAGAUAGUACUAAGAAGUACUUAAAGUUAAAUAUUUCUAUUAGCCACAACUCGACCUCGCUACGAACGACGCACAGGCAGGAGCUUGAAGAGACCUUUAUCGACGACUGGAGGAGACUGACUUCGGACGCCGCGCGGGAUGACGCGACACGCACGCAAUGCUACGGCCGGCACCGUCUACUCGUACUCCGAGCGCCGCAAGGAUUCGUCUGCCGGCGGCUACGGCAACCAGGAGAAACGCCUCAGCAAGGAUUCGGUGAAGAACUUUGACUGCUGUUGCUUGUCCCUGCAACCGUGCCGGACCCCUCUGGUCAGUCCGGACGGGUACCUGUUCGAUAAAGAAUGUGUACUGGAGUACAUUAUCACACAGAAGAAAGAGAUUGCUCGUAAGAUGAAGGAAUACGAAAAGCAGAGCAAGAAGGAAGCGACGGAGAUGCGGGAGAUCGGCCAGUCCGAACAUCGAUCGAAGGUGGAGAAGUUUGUCGCAAAGGAAGGGAGCAUCAUGAGUAAACCCCUCAACCCGGUGAAAGACGGACAGCCGGGAGCGAGUGCGUCAUCCGAGGCGUCCAUCUUGGAAGCGGAGAAGAAAGCGAAGGCGCUUCCCAGCUUCUGGGUUCCGUCGCUGACUCCCGCUGCCAAGAAGACGGCAGUCAAGAAGCCGGAUAAGACGGUGUAUUGUCCGAUGACCGGGAAACCACUGAAGCUGUCCAGUCUCGCGCCGGUCAAGUUCACACUGAUCAACGAUCCAGAUGAGAAGCGGUCACUGAUAACGAGGGAGGCUGCCUACAUGUGUGCAGUGACUCACGAUGUGCUGGGAAACUCUGUGCCCUGUGCCGUGCUCAGACCCUCCGGCAACAUCGUGACGAUGGAAUGCGUGGAGAAGCUGAUUAAGAAGGAUAUGAUCGACCCAACGAAUGGAGCCAAGCUCAAAGAGAACGACAUCAUACCACUGCAGAGGGGCGGCACAGGAUUCGCUGGCAGCGGGAACCAGCUGAAAGCCAAGGUACAGAAGGCUUCCAUGGUCGUCGCCUGAAGCUUGCCUCACGCCCUCUGGUGGUGCAUACUGGCGCCCUCUGCUGGUGUGCACUGGAAUUUUCUCGCAGAACCAUUGUAAAUACUCAUGUUUGUCCCGGGCAGAGUGGAAACCCGUGUCACGCAGGGAUGUGCGUAUGUAUGCAUGUGUGUGUGUGCGUACGUGCGUGCGUGCAUGUCUGUCUGUGUGUGUGCGUGCGUGUCUAUCUGUGUGUGUGCGUGUGUGGGUGCAUCUAUGUGUGAGACUUGUCACCAAUCAAUAUUAACAUUUCUAAUGGUCAUUACACAUACUGCUGUCAAAGUGAUAUUUUGAGGAAGGUUUGAAUUUGGAUAAAGCACACUUUUAUUGAAAACUCAUCAAUGCAUUGCGUUGGAGGGUGCAUUUUGUAUAACUACUGUUUGAUGGGAUUCUAUUUCUGAAUGUACUUGUAUAUAGAAUUAAUUAAUAAAUAAUCACACAAAAAGAA